AUGGAGUUGCUGAAAGAUUAUGAUUGCAUCAUCGAUUAUUAUCCCGAGAAAGCCAACGUAGUAGCAGAUGCUCUUAGUCGGAAGACUUUUACCGCUUUGCCUAGUUUAGACGCUCGAAUUGUGCUCAAGAAAAAUGGUACAUUGAUGGAUGAGUUAAUGUUGAAGGCAUUAUUGUUAGAACGGAUUAAGGAAUUACAAAAGAAAGAUGAUAAGUGUUUAACUUGGUUCAAACAAGGAGAGAAAGGUGGACUCAAGGACUUCGAGGUCUUCGAUGGCCUUCCGCUGAAGGUGUGCGCCUCUCAAAGCGACGCCGGCAGAGUUGUGAGAGUGCCUAUUAAUAAAAAAAACGUAGUCGUAUUACUGAUAAGAAUGGGAACUGAAAACCCUGGUCGUCCAAAUUUUCCCAUGAGACCUUCCUUUACCCCUUUUGCUUCCGCUCCUCCAACUGUGGGACCUUUUUCACCAUCUGGUCCUGCAACAGGAUCAGAAAGCAACAAUUUUAGACCUGUGCCACCUGGUGCACCCCCGACUAUGUCGCCUUUCUCAGCACGAUUUCCAACACCACCGUUUCCUUCAACUACACAAGCACCCCCUAAUCGUGCACCACCUGUAGGAAAGCCACCAUUUCAACCUCCUGCAAGUCAAGUAUCAGUGCCACCACCUUCUUUUCGACCACAGACACAAGUACUGCCUGUGCCAAUGGGAUCUCUGCCACAAAAUACAAAAUUUCCUCCAUCCAGUUUGAAUGUUCCUCAACCUCCAACUGAUUCAUCGUUAUCAGGGCCUAGACCUAAUUUCCAGCCACCUUUUCCUGGAUAUCUAAGCAAUCAGCGUGUAGUUUCACAAGCACCGUCACCUUUUCCUGCCCAACAGGGAAGUUUUAUGCCUCUACCUGCAUCGCCUUCUCCCUUUCCUAGUCAGCAAGGAAGUCAUGGUCUUCCUCCACCAGUAGCAGCUAACUUGGGCUACCAAUCAAGGGACCAAAUGCAACAUCCAGGCUCUGCACCUCCUACUGGCGGCGUCCAAAGAUUGACAUAA